AGCCUGUUGCUUUCCCAGUGGCUCCAGGUCGGUUUUUCCUGGCAACUCUGGUGUGACUUCCAAACUUCUGGGCUCCGGGCACACCUCGGAAUUUGCCCCCGCCCCCAGCCGGCUCCCGGGGCCCAGAGGUCGCCGGCUACUGGAGCGACUGGGGCUCAGCUUGUAGCCUGGUGUUGGGGGCAUCGGCAGGGAUGAAGCCAUCGUGGUUGCAGUGUCGUAAAGUAACCGGCGCAGGAGGACUCGGGGGACCCUUGCCCGGGUCUUCUUCGGCCCGCGGAGGCGGUGUGGCCCGCAGGGCUUUGGUGGCCCCGGGCCCUCGGGGCACUCUCGGGGUCCGGGGCUGCCGGGCGCUGUCUUCCGGGGGCAGCGAGUACAAGACGCACUUCGCUGCCUCGGUGGCCGAUCCUGAGAGAUUCUGGGGCAAAGCUGCUGAGCAGAUCAGCUGGUAUAAACCCUGGACCAAAACGAUGGAGCACAAACACCCACCGUCCACCAGCUGGUUUGUGGAAGGAAUGCUGAACAUUUGUUACAAUGCCAUCGAUCGUCAUAUUGAAAAUGGAAAGGGUGACAAGAUUGCUAUCAUCUAUGACAGUCCUGUUACAAAUACGAAAGAAACUAUUACUUAUAAGGAAGUCCUGGAACAGGUCUCUAAACUAGCUGGUGUUUUGGUCAAGUACGGUAUCAAAAAAGGUGACACUGUGGUCAUCUACAUGCCCAUGAUCCCUCAAGCAAUGUAUACCAUGCUGGCAUGUGCAAGGAUAGGAGCUAUCCACAGUCUCAUAUUCGGAGGAUUUGCAUCUAAAGAACUAAGUAGCCGCAUUGAUCAUUCAAAGCCCAAGGUGCUCGUAACAGCCUCAUUUGGCAUUGAACCCGGACGGAAAGUAGAGUACAUCCCGCUUAUAGAAGAAGCCCUACAAAUAGGGCAACACAAACCCAAUAAAGUGCUCAUCUAUAAUCGUCCGAAUAUGGAAGAAGUUCCUUUGGUGCCAGGUCGUGACCUUGAUUGGAAAGAAGAGAUGGCAAAAGCCCAGUCCCAUGACUGUGUUCCUGUGCUUUCAGAGCAUCCUCUGUAUAUUCUUUACACAUCUGGAACAACUGGGCUACCUAAGGGCGUGGUCAGGCCCACUGGGGGAUAUGCUGUGAUGCUAAACUGGACCAUGUCUUCCAUAUAUGGACUUAAACCUGGAGAGGUGUGGUGGGCAGCUUCUGAUUUAGGCUGGGUUGUUGGACAUUCAUACAUCUGCUAUGGGCCUCUCCUGCAUGGGAACACUACAGUUUUAUAUGAGGGGAAGCCUGUGGGAACACCUGAUGCCGGCGCUUACUUCCGAGUGCUUGCGGAGCAUGGAGUUGCUGCACUGUUUACAGCCCCAACUGCAAUUAGAGCAAUCCGUCAACAGGACCCCGGGGCGGCCCUGGGGAAGCAGUACUCUCUGCCAAGGUUCAAAACAUUAUUUGUGGCUGGAGAACGAUGUGAUAUAGAGACUCUAGAAUGGUCCAAAAAAGUCUUCAGAGUUCCUGUCCUCGACCACUGGUGGCAGACUGAAACUGGCUCCCCAAUUACAGCAUCAUGUGUUGGAUUAGGUAACUCUAAAGCUCCUCCACCAGGUCAAGCAGGAAAAUCUGUUCCAGGAUACAAUGUUAUGAUUUUGGAUGACAACAUGCAAAAACUGAAGGCUCGAAGUUUAGGAAAUAUUGUGGUAAAGUUGCCGUUACCACCUGGGGCUUUUUCAGGACUCUGGAAGAACCAGGAAGCAUUCAAGCAUCUGUAUUUUGAAAAAUUUCCUGGAUACUAUGACACAAUGGAUGCUGGCUAUAUGGAUGAAGAAGGCUAUGUGUACGUCAUGUCUCGAGUUGAUGAUGUCAUAAAUGUUGCCGGACACAGGAUUUCUGCAGGUGCCAUCGAAGAGUCUAUCCUGUCCCAUGGUGCUGUUGAUGACUGUGCUGUAGUUGGCAAGGAAGAUCCUUUGAAAGGUCACAUUCCCUUAGCAAUCUGUGUGUUGAAGAAGGGUAUCAAUGCAACGGAACAACAGGUUUUAGAAGAAAUCGUGAAACAUGUGAGACAGAAUAUUGGGCCGGUGGCUGCUUUUCGAAAUGCCGUGUUUGUUAAACAAUUGCCCAAAACCAGAUCUGGCAAAAUUCCACGAUCGACUUUAUCAGCCUUAGUCAAUGGCAAGCCAUAUAAGGUGACACCCACAAUUGAAGACCCCAGCAUUUUUGGGCACAUAGAAGAAGUCCUGAAAAAUUCAUUGUGAUGUUUGUUUGGAUUAUGAGUUGGUUUGAGUCAAUUCUGUAGCUGGAAUUAAGUGUUUGAGUUAUUUCCCAGAAACAAAAAUUUACAUAGGAAUUACUUGCCAAUUAAAUGUGAAAUGUGAAGUUUCGAUGUAACUAAUCUAUUAAAAACAAGUGAAAGAACUUGUCUGCUUUGACCCAGUCAUAUCCUUUCCACUGCCUGUGAAAAGCUCACUCUAUAUUGCCCACUUCUGUGAGAAAAACAUGCCCAUUUUAUGCUUUUUAAAUAUUGUUCUCUUGGGUUUUCGGGCUUUUGGCUAAGAUCAAGUGUAAAAAUUGUUCCCCAGGAAAUAUCCUCUAAUUGGAAGUGCUCUUAUAAAUAUAUCCUGUCAAAGUUUAGAAUACAAUUCAAUGUCACAAAAUAAUUAAAAUUGCUCUUGUAGAAAUUCUUAAUAUUUGCUAAUAUUCUUCAGAUGCCUACAUUGUUUUAAGUGAAACAGACAAAAUGGGAAUUUUAGGUAACCAUGUAGACAGAUGAAGUUAUUGUCUGGGGCUGGGGUGGGGGAAGACCCGUGUGGCCAUAUGCUUCCCGAGGGAGGGUACAAAGCCAGGGUUACAGCUCUGCCUUCUGGGCAUUUGUCACUGGGACAAAGGAAAUCACCAAUCGGGCAGAGAACCUAAAGGUUUUUCAACCAGUCUUUUCAUCUUGGGAGACAAAGCUUCCCAACACCCCUCAUGAUUCAAUUGCUUAAUGCAUUGUUUAUUAUGAUUCUGACUUUGUUAUUGAGUCAAGGAAAUAACACACAAAUGCAGUAGAGUGGCAAGGAAAUCUCUUAAGGAAGAAAGGGCAAGCUGCAUUUCAGGUCAGUAGGGAAUGGUGGAGACCAGAAAGCACUGCUGUACCCCAGGACUGCCCGUCCUGGUCCUGGAAGAAUGUGUGAUUGGCGACAAUUCUUCUGAUUGGGGGGUUGGCGACAGGGAUCCUGCAGUGAGAGGCUUGCAUUGAGAAGCCAAAAAUCCAUCUUUUUUGUGAGAGCUAUAAUUUUUACAUUAAUAAUGACACCUGUAAGAAUGAUGUCAAAAUAUAUCUUCACACUUAAAUUUCUACAAAACUAGAAAGCCUAUUUCUUAGAAAUUUAAAAUUUGUAUUUAGUAAGCUUAUGGGAAUGUACUGAAAAACUAGAAUAGAUAUAUAAAUAGGGAACUAACUGUUUGAUUUAUUUAGUGCUGUAAAUAAAUGCAUCUGUUAUCAAAGAAAGCAUUUAAGCACUAAAUGUGUACUAUACCCUCUGAAUCUUUGAAGAUUCUCAAAGCAUUUCUCAGCCUUUUAGUCAUUUGGGAAGAUUAUUAACAAGAACACAUUGUCCUAACAGAAUAGUUUGGGUACAGGAAAGCCAUGUGAUUCAUAAUAAUGAAAAUUUACUUGUUUGUCUUGUAGAAAUUACAACCUGUAUAAAAUAUUCUGAAAAUAUUAGCAUUUUUUGCACUAUAGGGUACAGAAUAAAUGGUUUCUUAGUAAAUUCCUAUUUGCUUAAACUCCUUGUUAUAUCCGAAAAGAUAUAUUUAUCUUUAAUUAUUUUAGUAGUCUGAAUUAAUCCAGCUAAUUAGCUUCCAUAUCAUUUGAAACUUUUGGUUUCCUUGAAAUACAUAUUUUUUAUUGGCUACAUUCUUUUGUAAUUAUUGGAACUAUAGCACUUGUAAAUAAAUUGUUUUAAUGUCUUAGCAUUAAAAUGUUCCCCUUAUUUCUUCCAUAGGAGGCGGUUAGCUGAGCCAACAAGUAUGUAAAAGUUGCAUCUCUUGUCCUCUUGCAAGUUUUCCCUGGUAAUCUCGUCCAAGGGGACAUUUCAACAAGCAGGCUUGGGCUAUUGCCCAGUUAGGUGGGUCUGGAAAUUGCUGGCUGAGCCCAGGGAGGUCACUGUUCCUUGGGUGUCACUGAGGCAACUUAUCUCCUUUGCAGUCAGAGGAAGUACUGCUAUCCCCAUUUGACUAAAAUUAGGCCAAUAAAGGUCUGCUCAAGCCAUCAAACUGCUUAUAAUUUGGGAACAAAUUAAAGAAAAUUUUUCUGUUAAAUAGUAUAAAUCACUUUUACUAAAAAGCCUAUGAAGUACUUGGAAUUAAAUGUAUUUCUAAUACAACAAUAUAAUGUUCUAAAACAUGCUGUCAGACUGUU